AUGGCCGGGGGCCCGCAGGCGACGAAGGUCUCCGAUCCUCCCUGGAAGGGCCUCACCGGCGACCGUCGCAUCCAGCGGGAGUUCAGAUCCCUGCGCAAGCUCGUCGAUGCGGGCGGCGCGCCCCAGGUGGCUGGCGUGGAUUUCGUCGAUGACUCGAUUCGAAGGUGGAGCCUGAAGCUGAAGAAUUUUGACAAUGACGUGCCGGGAGGCCGCCAGUUGAACCGGGACCUUGCGGAGCUCGCGAGGCGGCAUGGCCAGGACCACUUGGCCUUGGACAUCACCUUCCCGGAAGACUACCCACAACAGCCGUUCUUCGUCCGCGUGGUGACGCCACGCUGCCGGUGGUACACUGGGCACGUCACGGCAGGUGGGUCCAUCUGCAUAGAGGCCCUGACCCUCAGCGGCACACCAAACUCUUGGCAGCCGGACUACUGUGUGGAAUCGAUGCUCAACGUCAUAAUGCACAACAUGGUUCACUGUGAGGAGGUGUACGUGCGGACCCCCACUGGGCCCGGGGGCCUCAGCGGGCCGCUGCGAAUCGACCUGGAGCUGGAAUACACAACGAGUGUCAUGCAGCCCUACACCGAGCACGAGGCCCAAUCGGCUUUCAGGAGGAUGGAGGCCAACCACCAGAGGUUUGGGUGGGGCUCUGGGGGUGCCGCUGGCGCUGGCGGGCUGGGCCAGGUUGGCAACCCGUCAGCUGGAUCGCCGAACAGUGCACCAGGUGUGAAAGGUGUUGUUAUAGGAGGGGCUGGGGGGGCAUCUGGGAGUGGUGCACGGGAUGGCGGAAUGGCGCUAGUGUGCGCUGCCCCAGUUGGCAUCCUGAAUGUUGCAUCCUGGGCAGUUCCUCUUACUCCAGUGGGCACAGGAGCCUCAGGGGCCGUUGUGGCAGCUGGCAUGCCCAUGCAAGCAGCCAUGCCCUUGUGUCACAAGAACAAUUUUGUGUUCAGAGGUAGUGGUGGGCCUGCAAGUAGUAGAAGUGGUGGGAUGCGGAGGCUUGGUGGAAGAAUGGGUGCUCUCAAGAGCAGCUUGCCAAAGGAUGCAUCCCAGGCGAAUGCUGUGAUCACAGGAGGCUUGGAAGGCAGUUACGGGACAGCAAGGCAAGCAAGGAAGGCACACCAAAAGGUGGCUGGGGCAAAGACUGGAGCCCAGGGAGGCGUUGCGGGAGGCAGCCCCAGCAAAAGGUCAGCAGUGGGCAAAAAUCUUCAGAACGGCCCUCAGAGUUUGGUAGGGGCGGCGACACACACCUGGACCCCAGCAUCAUCAAGCAAGGCCAUGGUUGCAAGGAUGGCACCCACAGACAGGGGCCAGGGGGCACUGUCGCCUCCCAUCUCCUCACUCUUGCACACGCUUGCAUGCUUGCCUCUACCACAGGUGAAUUCCCAGGGGGCCGCCGGUGCUGGGUCGUCCACUUUGUCUGUGACUCCACCUCCUCUGGCGCUGAAUUCGACCCAGCAGAGCCCCGAGCAGAGAGGCAGUGAGGGCCCAUCUGCUUCGGUAGCUGGAACCCCACCUCGUGCGAUUGUGGCAUUUCCCACAAGGAAGCGGAGGAGGUCAGAGAGCAGUGACGAGGGGAAGGAAGGCCAGGGCCAUGGCCAUGAAGUCAUUGACUUGACAUUCCUGGAGGAGGGCGGCAAUAAGCACAAGCAGUCUCCCGGCACUCGAAAGAAAGUUGAGUAUGCGGCACUCGUGUCGAAGUGUGGCAGCCUGUCUCUCCAAGGCGACGAUGUUGGGGGAGUCACGAGUCUGAGUGAGGACGAUGAUGACCCAAUGGCACCCGACGAGCUGCUUCUCCUUGCCAAAGAACUGAACUCCAUGCCAAAGGAAGCCCAGCAAGAGAUCCGGAACAUUUGUGAGGAGAGUGUCGUUGACCGCCAGGGCACAUCUGGGGAGGAUUACGACUUCGACCUGUCCAAACUGGACCGGAGCACUUUGAGGAGGCUUGCAACAUACCUUGAAGAAUGGCAGCUGGCCUCCCGCAGGGAGAAGACCAAGCUGCGGGCCGAGAACGACGACCUGAAGGGCCAGGUGGAGCGCCUGCAGAAGGAGCUCGAUGAGGCCAAGGCCAAGCCCCACGCAGUGGACCCCCCGGCCCACUGGUCGAACGUCUCGCGCUCCAGGCAGAUCCCCGUGCACUACGUCGACCUGUACAGGCACGGCGCGGGCAUGGACGUCCACAAGAUGGAAGUGGAGCUCGACGCCGAGGGCGUGUCCACCAUGACGCAGUACGGCAUCAGCCGCGAGGACGCCGUAGCGGCAUUGGGGGAGACCGGCGGCGAUGUCAACGCCGCCUUCGCCUUCCACAUCGAUUGCCUGGAGCAGGGCGGCGCUGCGGCCGCCGUGGACCUGAGGCACAAGACGACGCGGGGCAGGGAGGAGGAGGAGGAGCUGGUGGAGGUGUUGAAGAGGUUCGAGGAGGGCAACACGACCGCCCUGACGCGCUUGGACGUCGUGUGCGUGCAACGGGUGGAGAACCUGCGGCUGUGGGGCAAGUACCAGGCGCGUGUGGCGGACAUCGUGGACACGGCGGGGGAGGACCACCUGAACGAGAAGAGCCUGUGGCAUGGGGCGGACCUUGAGACACUCGAGACGAUAUCUAGGGAGGGCUUCGACCACCGAGUCAGCAACCUGAACGGCGCCCUCGGCGCGGGCGUCUACUUUUCUGAGACCACAGAGUAUAGCCACAACUACUCCAAGAGGGCGCCGCACAGCGCAGAUCCGCAAGCCGUGGGAAGCAGCUCCAACUUCUCGGGACUUCCUGGCUACCCUCGGGGGCUGGCGCCCUGGCUGCCCUCGCCGCCUCCCACCUUUGCCUCCCCACUGGCGGGAGCAUCCACCUCUCAAUUCGCCCAGGCGCUCGGCGCCGCGCAAGGCUCGGCACCAGCGCAACUGCAGGUUCCCCCCACCAAGAAGUCCCUGGACGACCCCGUCUACGCCAUGCUGCUGUGCCGGGUGGCCCUGGGCAGGACGGAGGAGGGCUACAGGGGCCUGCGGCGGCCGCCCAAUGGCGCCGACUCCGUGUGCGGCAAGAUCGCCAUGAGGGGCUUUGAGCCGGUGCACGUCUACGCGAUCUUCGACAACGGCCAGGCGUACCCCGAGUACCUCGUCUACUAUCAGUGA